AUGGAGAAUUUGUUCAAAUCCAACCUCCUAUCUCUUUCGGUAAUUCUACUCUUCUUCUGCAAUGCGAUCUCGUCAAGUGCGUCCAGUUCUUCUUCCACAACCAUGCACACGAACAAUUGGGCAGUGCUUGUCUGCACAUCCCGCUUCUGGUUUAAUUAUCGGCACAUGGCUAAUACUUUAUCCUUGUACAGAACUGUUAAGCGACUAGGGAUACCUGAUGAGAGGAUUAUUCUUAUGUUGGCUGAUGAUAUGGCUUGUAAUUCUCGGAACAAGUAUCCUGCACAGGUCUUCAACAAUGAAAACCACCGUCUGAAUUUGUAUGGUGAUAAUGUUGAGGUAGAUUACCGAGGUUAUGAAGUGACUGUUGAAAAUUUUUUGCGAGUAUUAACCGGCCGUCAUGAAUCAGCAGUCCCAAGGUCAAAACGACUUUUGAGUGAUGAAGGCAGUCAUAUACUUCUUUACAUGACUGGGCAUGGAGGGGAUGAGUUUCUCAAAUUUCAGGACUCAGAGGAACUUCAGAGCCAUGAUUUAGCAGAUGCGGUGAAACAAAUGAAGGAAAAGCAAAGAUUUAAGGAGCUGUUAAUAAUGGUAGAUACUUGCCAAGCUGCCACUCUGUUUUCUCAGCUUCAAUCACCUGGUGUUUUAGCUAUUGGAAGUAGCAAGAAAGGAGAGAAUUCGUACUCACAUCACUUGGACUCUGAUGUUGGUGUAUCUGUCGUAGAUCGGUUCACAUUUUACACUCUUGCCUUCUUCGAGAGGUUAAAUAUGUAUGAUAAUGCCUCACUGAGCAGUCUUUUCAAUUCCUUUAAUCCGAAUCUGUUGUUGUCAACUGCAUACUAUCGAACUGAUUUAUACCAACGACGAUUGGAAGAGGUACCCGUGACCAAUUUCUUUGGUUCUGUAAUGGAGACUAUCCAUACUGAUUCGCCUUAUCGAGCUUUCUCGGGUAGAUACUCCAAUAAACUUAAAAUUAAGAUGCCUUUGGAUCAACCAGUAAGGGAAUGCCAAGAAAAACGAGAAGCUUCAUAUGUUCCACAAGAAUUAGCUACUCCUGAAAUAAGUGCCAAACAAGUUGGUUGUCCUUUUACACGCACUUGGAAUGCUAUUCUUGACCGGAUGGGAAAUAGUUUGUUGAACUAUGGUUUGAUAUUGAUGUUCCCGGUUGUGGCAUUCUCUUCAUGGCUUUCAAGAUGA